ACCGGAAUAUCUUCAUCGGAACCCCUCCUCCGAUUCCAUUCUAGAGAAAUAGAGAGAGAGAGAGAGAGAGAGAGUGAAGUGAUAGUUCUAGAGAGAGAAAACUCAGAGACUUUUCCCUUUUUAGGGUUAGGGUUAGGGUUUAUAUUUCUCUCCCAAACAUAUUCAGUCAGCUUAGCUCAAGUUAUAUAUAUAUAUAUAUAUUCAUUUCUAGGGUUUCAUUUUUUUUUCUUUUUCUUUUUCACUUCGUCUGGUCUGAUUACGAGGCGUCAAGCUCAAGUUGAAUAAUCAGAAGUUUGAAACUGAAGUUAAUCUCCAAGAGCAAGAAAUUCGAGGGUUUUUCUUUACUGGUUAAGAAAUUGGGAAUUUUUUUAAUCUGAGCUCUGAAUGAUAAUUUUCAAUAUGGAAGUUGAGAUAGUUACAAGGAUUGGGUUUUUGUGUGGUGAUUUGAUAAGGUAGUACUGGGUUUUGCUUGAAAUGUUUACCAAGACUUGACCUUUAUUGAAUUUGUGAAACAUGGUUGCCAUGUAAAUAUACAUCUGGGUAUAAUAAGGGAUUGGUGUGAGCUUUGUGGGUAGGGUUGAAAUGAGGCAUUUGGGCAUAAUCUGAGGGAUUGCAACUUGGAACAUGAGUUGCAGUGAGAAGAACAGAGGAGGAGAAGAGGGGGAAUAUGAGAAACCAGUCCUACGAAAGUCGGUUGAGGAUGACCCCAAGUUGGUUUCACAGAAUGGAUCAAUCACUGCCCCACAGUUAACAAUUGAUGAUAGUUUGUUGGUUGACCCAAAGUUACUGUUUAUCGGAUCAAAGAUCGGCGAGGGAGCUCAUGGGAAGGUUUAUGAAGGAAGAUAUGGUGAUCGAAUUGUUGCCAUAAAAGUUCUCCAUCGCGGAAACAAUUUAGAAGAAAAAGCUGCACUUGAAGGUCGAUUUGCCCGGGAAGUUAAUAUGAUGUCAAGAGUUAAACACGAGAACCUAGUAAAGUUUAUUGGAGCUUGUAAGGAUCCUUUAAUGGUGAUAGUUACAGAGCUAUUGCCAGGGAUGUCGCUUCGGAAGUAUUUAGUCAGUAUUCGUCCUAAUCAACUUGACCUUCAUGUGGCCAUAAGUUAUGCCCUUGACAUUGCUCGAGCCAUGGAUUGUCUACAUGCCAAUGGGAUUAUACACAGAGAUUUAAAACCUGACAAUUUGUUGCUUACGGCCAAUCAUAAGUCUGUGAAGCUCGCAGAUUUUGGUCUUGCAAGGGAAGAAUCUGUGACUGAGAUGAUGACUGCAGAAACUGGGACCUACCGUUGGAUGGCUCCUGAGUUAUACAGCACUGUUACAUUGCGUCAAGGAGAGAAGAAGCAUUACAAUAAUAAGGUUGAUGUUUACAGCUUUGGCAUUGUCUUAUGGGAAUUGUUGACCAAUCGCAUGCCAUUUGAAGGCAUGUCCAAUUUGCAGGCUGCUUAUGCUGCUGCUUUUAAGCAAGAGAGGCCUACUCUUCCCGAGGAUAUAUCCCCCGAUCUUGCGUUCAUCAUACAAUCAUGUUGGGUUGAGGAUCCAAAUAUGCGGCCCAGUUUCAGCCAAAUCAUCCGCAUGCUCAACGCAUUUCUCUUCACACUGACGCCACCCUCACCAUCAUCCUCAACUGAUUCUCAAACCACUGAGGCUGCUGCCAUGACAAGUAAUGGUACCUCCAUGACUGAGUUAUCUGCACGAACAAGGGGGAAAUUUGGUUUUCUUCGCCAACUUUUCACUGCAAAGAAGACUAGGAACUCGCAGUGAGUGGUAAAUUUUGAGAAAAAGUUUCUUUGUGAGUUCAAUCUCAAAUAGAAAAAAAAAGGCUAUGUAUAUGUAAAUGGAAUUGUGAUUACCUGAUGAAUCACAGUGGAUUAGUAAAAGAAGAAAAAUAUCAAAAUAGAACACUGUCACCAGAAAAACUCAAUUGGGAAAUAAAUAGCGAUUAUACAGACUAGUUGACCUUAUUGUAAAGGAUAUUACUUGUUCUAGUCAUUUUUCCUGUCCAUAUCCAUGUUGCCUUAAAUGCUAUAAUGCUGAAUUUAUAUCGUCA